AUGGCUUUUGAUCGCAAACCCUUUGCUGCCACCAUGUCGCAAGAGGACGAACAAUACUUCAAUCAGACAUUGAGUCCGGAAAUGAGUCCGCACUCACGCCCAAUGGACUACUUUCCCUUCACCAAAGAGUCUCAAGAUUUCCCGGCCAAUUGGGCCUACGACGGCACCAUGGACAUGUUUCCCCUGGACCCGGUCGACAUGAACGUUCUUGGAUUUCCCGAAUAUGUCGACGGCGUCAACGAUGUUGAGUCAAAGGGUCUCUUCAUGGAUCCGUUCAACGCCUCCACGGCCAUUGGGGGACUGAGCAUGCCCACGGCGGAUGACGCUCAUUCUAUUUCUUCGGAAUUUGAAAGCGACGAUCAAUCAUGGUCGUUCAGCGCACGACCAUCUGUCGACAUGACCGCCGCAUCAAUAUCUUCCACCACCUCGCCAGACACUGUACCAAAACCAUUCACUCGCUCCUCCGUCAACAGUGCCAACUCCACCAGCCCCUCCGCCUCCACACGAUCUUCCUCCAGUCCCGAGAUCAAGCCCCAAGAGUACAAAGUCUCGCGCAUUGAGAAGCGUCGGAAGCCUCGCAGCGUCGGUACUGGCGAGGCCGAGAUGACCGCCCCCAUCUCAGAAUCAACCCCUGCCUCGGCCAAGGAUCCCCAAAAUCGCAACGCCGCCAAGCGCGCCGCUCACAAUAUCAUCGAGAAGCGUUACCGAACAAAUAUGAACGCCAAAUUUCUUGCCUUGGAACAAGCAAUUUCCACCUCGAGCGUGCAAAAGUCCUCUCGAGCGAGUGCCGGUGCGGCAUCAACCGCUAGCGCUGGCUCGUUGAAAAAGUCCGAGAUUCUCAGCAAUGCUCUGGCCUACAUUGAGCGCAUUCAGCAGGAGAACCUCGCCGCACAAAAAGAAUUGGCAUUGCUGAAAGAGGGUCUCGUCGCUGGCGGGAUGUGGAGGUCCACCAAACAAGGUCGAUCGUGA